GUGCACCAGACGUGCGCUGAGGCGCGCACCUCGAUGCGCCGCAACUAUGGUACAUAUUAGCACAGUAAGCAUAGCCACACAGAGACCUGCAGUCUAUAAAAAGGAUUAUGAUUAUCAGUUAACCUUUGUGGGAUGAUGAUUAUCGGUUUAGGGUUUGUUAAACUUUGUUUCCCUUUCAAGACUGCUAAGUCGCUAACUCAUCCUUUAACUCUGUCAUUAUUAGGCGGUCAAAGUCAGAGCGGGGCCCAAAGUGGGUCAGCGUUUGGAAGUGGUACGCAGUUUGCAAGUGCCCGCAUUUUCACUGUCCAAGAGCUCAGCAGUGCAUGCAAUGAUUUUGCUCCUGCAUAUGAAGUAGGAGUUGGAGGUCAUGCAAGGGUAUACAGAGGAUAUAUCCCUCCGUAUGGGGACGUGGCAAUCAAGCGCGCGAAGCUUCGGGCAAUGCAGGGGAGGGAGUUCCAAAAUGAGCUUGAUGUGCUCUCGCGAGUUCACCACAGGAAUCUCGUGCGAUUCUUUGGCUGCUGCGAGGAAGGCGAUGAGCAGAUGCUCGUUUACGAGUUCAUGAAGAGCGGAACUCUGCAUGCUCAUCUUGUCGGGAAGAGUGGUAGGACGCUGGAUUGGAAAUUGCGCCUUAACAUCGCCAUCGGGACAGCAAAUGGGUUGAACUAUCUUCACAAUCAUGCAGACCCUCCUAUCAUCCAUAGGGAUGUGAAGCCUAGCAAUAUUCUGCUGGAUGAAAAAAUGAAUGCAAAACUUGGAGAUUUUGGCAUAUCAAGGAUGGUGGACGACCCUGAAGACAUAAUGACAUUCACAAGGGUGGCAGGUACCUGGGGUUAUCUGGACCCUAUGUACCGUGAAACUCGAAAGCUCACCGACAAGAGCGACGUGUACAGCUUCGGUGUUGUCCUCCUUGAGCUUGUCAUCGGGAAAGAGUCCGAGAAGUCUUUGGGACAGAGGAAGCCUAUUCAAGGAGACAUGCCUGCCUGGGUGGAGAAGGAGUACUUGGCAGGAGGACUGGAGGCAAUUAUCGAUCCAGUGCUCAAUGGACGGUACCCUUACGAGACGAUGUGCCGCGUACUGGAAACGGGUUUGUGGUGCACACGCCCGAAGUGGGAUGAUCGCCCGAAAAUCAAGGAAGCGCUCAGCGCACUUGAGUAUGCCAAGGCAGUUGCAGGGAAAGAAACACUCCCGGAGGACAGCCAAACUAUGGUGGAAGUUUUUGGCCAACAUCUCUUUCAGAAUCUUGGUUUGAAGAAACCGCGCGGAAUAAGGACCCCUCCGCCGGGGCAGGCUGGUGGACUACUGUUCACAGAGGAUCAGCUUCUUGGUGCAACCAAUGGUCCAGGAACAAGCUACUCUGCUGACUCGGUUGUGCUGCCUGCCACAUACACAAAGGUGGAAGCAAGGUGACCUGCCCAAUCUGUGUAAAAUGGCGGCAACAGCCAAGCAGAUUUUCGCAGAGCAGUUGCGUCAGAGAGUGGACAUCACCGGGAACACCAACUGUGGUGAAGUUCUUUUUGAGGAACCUCCAGAAAUAGCAGCUGAAGGUGCAACUCCCCACUGGCAUGCACGCUCUGGGGGGAUAGAUAAAAUCACCAACUACCACGGAAGCUGUGGGGGGAUAGAUAAAGAGAUGCACGCACG